AUGGUUUUCCCCGUGAAUUUAACUCAUCUCAGUGAGAUCAAGGAGCAGUACAACCUUUCGAACCAUGCAACUUACAACGAGGCUCAUAUCGACGGUCAGGUGGAGUCGCGCUCACCGGACGAGGAGUUUCAAACCGACGGUCAGUUGUCGACCCACUCAUUGGACGAAGGGUCGCUGGUUGAAUCCCGGCUAGCGUGCGGCGACGCAGUGGCAGCGGAAGUCGCGGAGGCGAUACUGAAGGAUGAGGUGGUUCGCCGGCUCGACCGGCUGGGAAACGUGAGCGACUCGGCACAUUACUUGCAGCGCACGUUUCUCAGCGACGCGUCGUUGCGCGCCGCGGCGCUCGUCAGCGAUUGGAUGGAGGAGGCCGGCAUGUACACGUGGAUGGACGCGGUUGGCAACGUGCACGGCCGCGUCGACGGGUCGCAUCCCGACGCGCCUGUGCUGCUGCUCGGCUCGCAUCUGGACACGGUCGUUGACGCUGGUCGGUUCGACGGGGCAUUGGGCGUAGUCACAGCCGUCGCCGCAGUAAAGCUCUUCCUCACAGCGUGCGGGGCUGCGGCGCUGCCUCGCCCCGUGGAGAUCAUCGCGUUCAGCGACGAGGAGGGCAUGCGAUUUCAGUCAACGUUCCUGGGGAGCAGGGCCAUUGCUGGGACUAUUUCUCCGGCCAUGCUGCAGAUGAAGGACAGCAAUGGUGUGACUAUACAAGAGGCUAUUGCGACGCUUCCAGCAACAGCAACUCCAACAACAAGAACAUCCGCAGCAGGAAAACGAGCAGCAGCAGCAGCACCAGCAACAGCAGCAGACGGGCCAGCAGACGUGCGUACAGCUCGCUACCUCCCUGAGAGCGUAUGGGGCUACGUGGAAGCACACUUAGAGCAAGGCCCGGUGUUGGAAUCCCUAGAGCAGCCUCUGGGGGUGGUGCUGGGGAUAGCAGGGCAGACGCGGGCGGAGGUGACAGUAGAGGGCGAGCAGGGGCACGCGGGGACUGUGCCUAUGCGGCUUAGGAGGGACGCUGUGGCUGGCGCUGCUGCUGCUGUUGUGGCUGUGGAGUCUGUUUGCCUGGGGAUAUUGAGAGAGGAAGAGGAGGAGGAAGGGUUGGGAGGGAGAGACUGGAGUGGUGGUAACAGCAGCAGCAGCAGCAGUGGGAGUGAGGGAGGGAGCGGGGCAGGCAGUGGGCUGGUGUGCACGGUGGGGAAGGUGGUGGCAUGGCCGGGGGAGAGCAACGUGAUAGCAGGGAGCGUGGCGUUCACUCUGGACGUGCGGGCGCGGAGCAACGGUGUGAGGCUCGCUGCUGUGGCGGGGAUCGAGAGGGAGAUAGGGCGCAUCUGCAGUGACCGAGGGCUGUCAUGCCGGUUUGCAGUGAAGCAUCAAGCUGACACAGUGGACUGCUCGCCUCCCCUCGUCUCCAUGCUACACCAGGCAGCAGUUACUGCCCUCACUGCUACUACACACCACACCAUUCUCAGUAGCGCCCUCGCUGCCUCGCACCAAACCCGAAUAGCCGCUGCUGUUGUUGGUACUGAUACUGCUCCUGCGCAUGAUGCUGCUGUUGCAUCUGACGCUGCUGGGUUCCAGGGAGCCACAGCUGGCAGCAGCAGUGGCAGCAAGAACACGUGUGAAGCGGCAUAUGGGUGCAGGAAGCACGAGGGUGGGGAGCAAGGGCAGAGAGAGCAACAAGAAGAGCAAGGGGGGCAAGGGCAGCACGUUCCUCGGCUUGUGAGCGGCGCAGGACAUGAUGCCAUGGCAAUGGCAGAUCUCACCCAGGUUGCGAUGCUAUUCGUGCGAUGUCGAGGGGGUGUGAGUCAUCGCCCGGAUGAGUUUGUAAACCCACACGACCUCCACAUGGCGUCCACUGCUAUCUUUAGAUUGCUUAUAUUAAUGCCUUAA